AUGGAUCAAUCACAGAAGCAAGCCCUGGGAGCAUUGCAGCCAUUUAUUCAUCUCGCGAACUCAUCAACCUCCCACAGCCCGCGCUUUGUUGCUAAUAUCAUUACAAAUGCUACCUCUGCCCCAACUACCUUCAUCUUCGCCGAGCUGCUUGAGACUCAGGCAGUCCAAUCACUGGCACACCCAGAUACACCAGAGGAAUACCAGUCUUAUCUGAAACUACUGGAAAUAUUUGCUUGGGGCUCAUGGGAGGAAUAUCAUGCAACCCCAAAUCUCCCCGCCCUAAGCGAAGCCCAAGCACUGAAACUUCGACUGCUAUCUCUCCUCACCCUUUCUACGACCCAUAACCCGCUUACAUAUCCUAUUGUGAUGAAAUCUCUCUCCCUCAAAGAUCAUGUGGAGCUUGAAUCUCUUGUGACGAAGGCCAUAUAUUCCUCUCUUAUUUCUGCCCGUCUAUCUCCUACAACAACCCCUCCAACCAUAAAUAUUAUCUCCGUGGCUCCUCUUCGCGAUGUUCGUCCUCAAGCGGUCGACAGGAUUAUAUCAACACUCACAGAAUGGCAUGGGAGAUGUCAGCAAGCGGUUGAGGGAAUAGAGGCUGAAAUUAACACAAUCAAAGCUGAUGCUGCAAGGAGGCGGGCGAUGGAAAAGGAUCGAGCAUAUCGGUUUGAAAAGAGUGAAGGAGGAUGGUUGGGAGACGAUGACAAAGAAGGCGACGGAGGCAGUGGCUCCAAGGAGUCGCGGUCCCGAAAGUCGUUCAGCAAAGAAGGCUCGCUUGGUGGGACUGCGGCUAAUGCUGCCAGACGGCUGUUUGGGGGUGGCAGUUCUUCAAAGGGGAAUAAGCGAGAGUUCCAUGCUACAGGAGGUUAUUCGGGCAAUGGGCAGGAUAGCAUGGAAGUAGACCCGUCGACCCACCCGAGAUCGAUGAAAGUUAAGCUUGAAGCACAGAACGUUUGCUAG